AUGGCGGACCACUCUGACACAACAGUGUCGAACAAGCGAUGGCACAUUGCAGCAGACAUCGGGGACCACGCAAGAGACCCCAUUACUCUAAUCUUUGUCCGCUUCUGGGCCAUGUUAAAGGCACGCUUACAGCCUGAAGUGCCUAGCCAAAACAUACCCAAGGGGUCAGAGCCGAUGACUGACGAUUGGGGGAACCUCCUCAGGGCAAAUCUAAGACCUACGCUUCAAACUCCCACGUCCAGGGUCCUCCCGGGCUGA